AAAAAAAAAAAAAAAAGGAAGAAAAAAAAGAAGAAAAAAAGAAGAAAAAAAGAAGAAAAAAAGAAGAAAAAAAGAAGAAGAAGAAGAUGAAGGAAGGGUUGCGGGUGAAAAGUGGGUGAAUAUUCCCCAAUGGCGGUUAUUCAGCACCAUCACGGGUCCUGUUGGAUCAACGAACUCCACGAAGUUUGUAGGACGACGUCCACCCACCCAUUCGUAUAUCAAGACCUGUCAUUACACUCGCCAAACUCUCACACCAUGGCGGAGGACGACAUAACCUUUCACACUCAAUUCGAAACAUUUCGAGACUGUCUUUCUGACGUCUUAGUCGAGAGAAUGACCAAGCCGUCCCGCAACAGCAAAACGAAGCGGCGACGGACGAAGAAAGACUCCCAGCCCCAGACCCUACCGAAUUCCGUACCACAACAUGACAAUGAUGAAGAUGGCACAGCCGCCGAAGAUCUUGCCGAAUUCAUCGACUACAUCGCCAACCAAGCCUUCGAAAGUCUACCCGAGGAUCUCCGUUCCCUCUCCCGUCCGGCAUGGGCCGCCUCUCCCGACCUGCAAUCCCGCUAUGCGCUCCCCUUGACAUCCUCCGACACCUCGGUUCUCAUCCUGCCGACACUCGACCCGGCCAUCGCCUCAUCGCUCACCGCGUACGGCAUCAUCGACAACGACGACGCCGACGCAGUCCCUGCCCUGCUGGCGCCCGUGCUCACCGCCUACGUCACGACCAUCACCACCACACCACCGCCUCCACGACAGGGCCGCGCCCAGGCGGAGGAAGAAGGGUGCGAGCUCUGUGGCCGGGACUGGGUGCCGCUGACGUAUCACCACCUCAUCCCGCGGUUCGUGCACGACAAGGCGCUUAAGCGCGGAUGGCACCCCGCGGAGGCGCUUCAGAACGUGGCCUGGCUCUGCAGGCUGUGCCACUCUUUCGUGCAUCGCUUCGCGUCACACGAGGAGCUUGCGAGGUAUUACUUCACCGUUGACCGGUUGCUUGCCGAGGAGGAGGUUGUGAGGUUUGCGAGGUAUGCCAGUCGGGUUCGGUGGAAGGGACGGUGAUUCAUUGUGACGGGAUGGGAUGGCAGAGAAGCUGCAUGUAGUAUGUCGCGUGGGUGCAUCACUUGGCGAGUGAGGGACUGAAGCCUUUCCUUCUAGAUCACGAUUUACGGAUGACGAAGCUGUACGGAUAUGUUAUUUUGCAGAUUCGCACCAGCGACUUUUCGUAGGCAGUUGAAUAUCAGA